CCACAACCCACUCUGCCGUCUCACUUGACUACUAACAAGUUAUCUCUCUUUACCACCCUUUCCCGCAGCUACCCAGGCUGGUCCUGGUUGAUACUCGACAUUCUCUUUUCUUUGCAUCCAUUGCUGCUUGGACUUGGUGCAUCUCUCUCCUCCCCUUUGUCACGGCAUCCCAGGACCAUGUCCACUCGAUCACCGAUAGCGGUUUCGCAUCGUCCGACGUAAAUGGUGACCACUUUCGGCUGCGACACACCCUUCGAACUUCUGUACAAACUGCAUUUGGGUUUGCGCUCUAUUGAAAAUGUCUCUCCUUCACAAUGAGGAUUUCACGAUAUGGCAACUGCGCACUUCUUAUCUUUCAACCAUAAAAGAUGGUAUCGGUGACCGCCUCAUCAACGUUAACAACACUGUGCUCAAUACUCCCGGUUUCCGUGCGGCUGGUUGGUCUUCCGCCGCCGCCAACCCUAACACCCAGACAGCCGCUGCUCAUAUCAAACGGACAUACUCUCCUCCAAUACCCCUCACAACAGCAGUCGCCUCGGAAUAUUAUCAACUUGGCAUCGCGAGAGAUGCCAAUGAGUCGUCCAGACUUGGAUUAGGGGAGGAUGGCGAGGACGACGAGGGGGGAAUGGUAACAGGCAAGAGCAACAUGGAGGUUAUUGGGAGACGAAAUAUCAGGGGGAAACGCACGCACCGGAGAGAUCGUCAGCAGAAUGACCAACUAAAACAACGAGAAGCCGAGGAAGACGAUAGCAGUGAUUUGAGUGACGAGAGCGACGAUGAUGGGGAUAGCGCUCCGAGUGGUGCCAGCCAAAUCAAGUUUCCUAAGCUGCCAAUCCGUACAAGGGCCGGAUCAUCUCCUAUACGUUCCAUUGAUCGCCAGGAAGACCCGCAGGUCAUGGUCACAUCCCCAUCGCAUCCUACGAUGGGCACCCAUUAUCGCACAGGUUCAUUGGGAACUGCUGUUAGUAGUGUCAAUGAACGACCUCGUCGGGAUACAACUACGACAGCCAGUAGUGACCUCUCAUCUGACAACGAUCUUGGUUCAUCGCUGUUCAAGAGGAGACAGAUACAGUUUUCCGGCCAAGAUCAAGUCAUAGAACUCAGAAGGUACAGACACGGGACUGGAAACAGGGAUCUUGAAGAAUUGGAUGAGCAGGCAGAGGACUCCGGUGCAGAGUCGGUGGGAUCGGCUCUUUCGUCGGAUUUUGACGCUACUGCUGGGUCGACAUCGCUUUUGGAAAAUGUUGGUAUUACUGGUAGCCUGAAUUCCUCCUCUCCAAUUGCUUUGAUGCACAAAUUGCAAAACGGGGCGGGAUCACAGACUGCAUCUCCACGAAAGUCCCGGGCUCCUGCUCCGGAGUUGCAGGACCUCCCGCCACCUCGUCCUAUCAGCACGGUACAGCCUGUGAGUCUGCUCUCGAAGGCCCUCAAUGCGCGCAAGCAAGCGCCUACCAACCCAGUCGAGAAGUUUGCAGUACUUUCCGGCAAAGGUCUGACCGAUGCGCUAAAUGUCAAAUUGUACCUGCCAUUCUCUACUGAUCCUGAUGAGCCAUUGGAACUGCCAAUCGCCCGGGAGUCGAAGCUAGCGGAGCAGCCAGCCCCAGUUACAGUCGUCGAAACCAUUGGAUUGGCUCUCUGGCGGUACACAGAGGAGGGCCGCGAACCGCCCAUUGAUCGAAGCAAGCUUACUGUAAACAUGUGGACGCUACGCAUGGUGGAAGAUGGCGAAGUCGAGUACGACUUUCCCCCACUGGGCCGUACAUCAGCAAUCACCGAUUUUACCUCGAAUAACAAUCGGGGAGCUGGCCGCCGGACCCGAGGAAAACAAUACGAUGAGUUUGCUCUUGUCGAAGCGUCCAGUGCUGAAUUUGAAGAAAACGAACGUCUCUUUCCCAUGUUCAGUCUGGCACCAUCCUCGGAGGACAGUACUGCUGAUGUCCCUGCCAGUGCGCCUGCACCAGAAAGUCAGCCACUGCCACAGGCUAAGGCUCCUCGCCCAAACCCUAUUCUCGGCCAGCCCUUCUCCUCGGCCCUCAACGACAAUACAUUGACACCUGCCGAUCGGCCAGCCGUGCCUACGUCUCACGCUACGCCUCGCAUGGGGGUCUCUAAAACGUUGAAGAUUCGAUACACGAAUGUGGAAGCCUCAACACAAGUGAUGACGCUUAAUACUUCCACUGACAGCUACAUUGCCGAGAUCCUUGAUUCCGUGUGCAAACGAUGGGGCCUUGAUAAGGGCAAUUAUCUGUUAAAGGUUAUGGGAUCUAGUACAAUUGCGCCGUUGGAUCGGACAGUGGAAGCUCUAGGCAAUUUCACCGAUCUAGACCUCGUGCGUCGGCGCUUUGGCCCUCAAUUGACCGGGUCUCCUGGCAGCUCCUCGCCAAAUGCCCCCCUUCUCAUCGACAGCAAUACUGCUCCGGCAAAGAAGGGCAAGAAGAGCGGCCAACGCAUGCUCCACCCGCUCACGCAGAAGCAAGACCUCGCGGGGGGCUACUACCGACGAUACUACGUCUGGCGCAAACAAUCUAUGUCAUUUACGCAGUCUAACCAUCGGGUUUUGACGUUUGACAAUGACUACAUGCAUAUCAUGCCGGCGGAUACAGGCAAGACGGUCUCCGACACGAAGACACGGUCGAUCAGCUUCAACGACGUGGUGGGAUGCAAAGUGAGUCGACGACACCCUAAGAAUUUCCGGGUGGUUGUUUUGCGCGGCAAUGAUGCCAAUGAACAGAAACGGUAUGACUUCGAGGCACGCAAUGCGCUCGAGGCGGUGGAAAUUGUGGAUGAGAUCAAGAAGAACAUGGCGCACUAUCGUAUUUAGGCAGGGAGCCUUCCUAUUUGCAUUCAAUGCAUUCUUGUACUGGGGAUGAAACAGCAUUCUGGGAAUGGAGUGUGCCGCGGGCGUUGAUUUACAGUAUUUGGUGUUCUUCGCUGUGGGUGGGAGGUGCUUUUGCUACUCAAUUCCGCCUGGAUGGCAUGCCAAGCACAGUACUAGGGUUAACAUAU